CACGAACAUGUGCGACAAGGGAUGCCUUGGUUGACAUCACCCCAAAAAUUUUUACUCUCAAAACUUUCAGCAGCUUCAAAGUUGGUCAGAACUUUGUUGACUAUUCAGCAAACACAACGGCAUCGUCUUCGAUUAUAAGAGGAACAUUUCAUUCGACACUAUAGUCUUUCGCAACAUAUUUGAAAUAUUCUGGAACUUUCCGACUCGAGCACCCCUGAUCAUCAUCCACUCUUUGCAACCAAUUGAGAGAAUAGAGAGAAAAACACGUUCAUAAAUCGACAAUUUUGGUCCAAAAUAUCUUAUUAGAAUCCUUCAUCAAGCACGUGAUCCCGACGUCCAUCUAAACUUAAGAGUCGCCAUAUCUUUCAAUUACUUCUACCUUCGACUUUAAAAGCCAGCCAAUUACAUAAAUAUUUCAAUAGGAAAUUAACGAAAUUGAAAACUUGGCAUAGAGCGCUAAUCGUCGAAAACAUUACUUGAAAAUAAAAAUGGCAAAUUUGAUUGUGAAGUCAAUUAAUAUUGGUAUCGUCUUCGUCGGAAUCUUCGCUGUAUGUUCAUCAGCGGCUGGAGGAAAAGCGCAGACUAAACUAAAUGGUGUGAACGAAGGAAAAUUUGACGGACCGGUUCCGACAAUGGCAGUAACAACAACACCUGUCACAACGCCACCAGUGGGGACAGCAGCCGUCGGAGAAAUAUUUUCAUUUGAUAAAGACGCAUCUCCUGCCACGAUAUUCGGUCACGUGCUUAUUCCUUGCGUCCUAUUCGCCGUGCUUGCUGUGACGUUGUACGGAGGUCUCCGCGGCACGCAAUAUCUCUUCAGUGGAAUUAAACAAAAAGUCCAAGAGCGGCGCCACCGACCGUCCUACAAAGACAUGAGAGGGACCAUCGAUGAUGACCACGCUGUUGUCAUGGAAACAGAAGGAGUGGUUGUCUGAUGUCCUUGCUCGAUGAUAAGAUGACAACGAUCAUGAUGACGACAAUGACGAUGGAAAAGACAACAAUGCUAAGAAGAAGUGAAGUAUACUGAUGGCAUUGACUGACGGCCAAUUGUAAUUCAGAAGGUCAUUUUCUAGACAGAGUUGGCUUGGAAAAGGAGACAUUCCUAAUCUUUCUCGAUAAGCUUAUGUUUCUCUUAAUCUAACCAUUUGGCAUUGUUGGUAACCAUGAAUCAAUGAUUAACAGAAACAUCUGAUAGUUGUUGAUCUCCCUCAUAGGACCUUGUUUUCCUAUCUCUCUUUCUUGUUCUCCGUCUUUUUUUUACUUCUCACUCUUCUUUUCUCCUACUCUUUAGUCCUUCUCCUACUUGCUUUUCUUCUUUUUUUCUUCUUCUUCAUCAUCAUCUUCUUCUACUACUUCUCCUUCUUAUUCUUAAUCUGUUGCUUCACCCCCUCCUCCUCCUCCUUUUUCUUCUUCUUUUUCCUCUCCCUCAUUCUUUCUCUCUGUUUCCCAUACAAACAUGAUCAGUUAGCAGCUACCCUGGCCAGGUCACGUGACCUCAAUCUGUCGCCCUCACGUUGAUAAGAUUUUUGGCUUCCGAACUUGGCGCGAAGUCAGCCCCUUAAUCAUGGAUCGGUGUGAUUUUAAAGAAAUGUUUCAAAGUUGAGACAGAUAGAAAGAUCUAGUUGUUGAACAUUUUGAAUACAAUUUGAAGGUGUUGAUUUUCCUUAGGGCAUUUUCACCUUUUCAAAAGUCAAUCUUGAACCAUCAUUGUAAUGAUGAGAAUCAUUGGACUUUCACACGGAAAGUUCGUACCGUACUCUGAGUGAAACUGAACUGCAAUUCACCUCCGGAGUAGAAUUUGAAUUCAUGAUUGUGAUUAUUAGCCUUCGUGAUUCUAGUUUGGUUUCACACGUG